CCAGUUCCGUCUCCUCCAAGCCACAGCCUUCAGCGAGAGGAAGCUCGGGUUUGUGGUUCCUGAUUUGUCUGAGGAGAAGCAGUAGGACGGAGAAUGAGGCCAGUGGAAGUUCUGGCUUCCCACUUCCAUGCCACUGACACUUCUGAGGGGAUGAAGGGCCUGGGUUGGUAUUUCCAGUACCCAUGUCCUCACCUGUGGCUAUAGUCCUGUGGUCAUGUGUCAUGCAGCUUUCUGUGAAUUCGUUGAGAACAGAGGCUGCAGUAUCUCUAGGGCCCUGCAUGGGGAGCAGGAUCCUUGUCUCAUUGGUUGAGUGAGCUAGGAAGAACACAACAGGAGGGCAUAUUUCAAACAGCGAUCUUAAUGACUGGUGGUUGAAAAGAACCAGUAGAAAUGUGCACAAGCUGCUAGAAGCCAUUCCCACAGAGGAAUGGGCUUGAUGAAGAGUGGUCAAGAUGCUGCCCUACCACCGAGAGGAAGUUCAAACCAGUGCUUCUCUUGAACUCUCCUUUUCUCACUCGCCGAAGUUUGGGAAGGCCAAAGGCGAAAAAACAGGACCCGGAAGUAGGGGAACCUUCUAAGCACGUGAUGGGAGAGGCGCUGGCUCUGACACGUGACCCUCCAACCUGCUACUCUUCCUUGCAGGGAGCUCAGCUGCUCUUAAAGACAGCCGGACCCGGGGCUGACCGCCUGGUGUUGGUCCUUCGCACCCACCUGUCCCAGACUUUCAUCUGUUCUCUUGAAGCCAAUCCCGAACACACGCUGACUCUGGGCCCUUUGGGGGACUCGAACUCGAUGCUAUGGAAAGCUCUGCGGGCUCGUGGAGGCGCCUUGAGGAUUCCGAGAGGCAGGAGACGAACUCAGAGCCCCACGCCCCUCCGGUGGAUGGUCAGAGGGCCCAGUGGAAGAAUGCGGUGGGUUUCUGGAUCCUGGGUCUUUGCAACAAUUUCUCAUACGUCGUGAUGCUGAGCGCUGCUCAUGACAUCCUUAAGCAAGAGCAGGCGUCUGGGAACCAGAGCCACGUGGAGCCAGGCCCAACACCCCUACCUCACAACAGCUCAUCUCGAUUUGAUUGCAACUCCAUCUCCACAGCUGCAGUGCUCCUGGCAGACAUCCUUCCCACCCUCAUCAUCAAACUCCUGGCUCCUCUUGGCCUUCAUUUGCUGCCCUACAGUCCCCGGGUCCUCGUCAGUGGAGUUUGUUCUGCUGGAAGCUUUAUCCUGGUUGCCUUUUCUCACUCAGUGGGGUUAAGCCUGUGUGGAGUGGUUUUGGCCAGCAUCUCCUCAGGUCUAGGGGAGGUCACCUUCCUCUCACUCACCGCCUUCUACCCCAGCGCUGUGAUCUCCUGGUGGUCCUCGGGGACUGGGGGUGCAGGGCUCCUUGGAUCGCUGUCUUACCUGGGACUCACGCAGGCUGGCCUUUCCCCGCAGCACACCCUGCUUUCUAUGUUGGGGAUUCCCAUUCUGCUGCUGGCCAGCUACUUCUUGUUGCUCACAUCUCCUGAAACCCAGGACCCUGGAGGGGAAGACGAGGCAGAGACUGCUGCCCGGCAGCCACUCAUAGGCACUGAGACCCCAGAGUCAAAUCCAGGUUCCAGCUGGGACCUCUCAUUCCAGGAACGGUGGACAGUGUUCAAGGGCCUCUUGCGAUAUAUCACCCCCUUGGUGCUGGUUUACUUUGCCGAGUAUUUCAUCAACCAGGGUCUUUUUGAGCUCCUGUAUUUCCGGAACACAUCCCUGAGUCACGCUCAGCAGUACCGAUGGUACCAGAUGCUAUACCAGGCUGGCGUGUUUGUCUCCCGCUCUUCUCUGAACUGUUGCCGAAUCCGGUUCACCUGGGUCCUAGCCCUGCUGCAGUGCCUCAACCUGGCCUUCCUACUGGCUGAUGUUUGCUUGAGCUUCCUGCCCAGCAUCUACCUCAUCUUCAUCAUCAUUCUGUAUGAAGGGUUCCUGGGUGGGGCCGCCUACGUGAACACCUUCCACAACAUUGCUCUAGAGACCAGUGACAAGCAUCGAGAGUUUGCCAUGGAGGCUGCCUGUAUCUCUGACACCUUGGGAAUCUCCAUGUCAGGGGUCCUGGCCUUGCCUCUGCAUGACUUCCUCUGCCAUCUCCCUUGACAUGGUUUGUUCAGGACACACUGACCUGCAGACAGAUGAGACACACUUGUGAGCUCUGCUAUAGCCCUUCCUAGCAGGCUGGGGAGUGGGAAGAGCUACAGUCCUGCCCCGCUUCAGCAAGGAGCCCCCAUUGUUUCCCACCCCUGAGCUGGUCUCUGGGAGUUUUCCCUCAGCCUCAUGCCCUUCUAAUAAAUGCUUAUUUUAUCAGUUUA